UACUUAAAUCUGGACUCAUUUAUGUGCCUUCCCAGUACGUAACCGACAUCAGAAGUGCAAAAAAACAUGGCACACCAUUCAAAGUAAACGAAAUGGCUUAUAACGAUUUUAUUGACAUCAAACAACUGCCCGUUCCUAGACUGAACAAAAGCGUUGAAAGUGAACUUGUAAAGGUGUCUGAUAUAAAAGUCAUCAAAGUGGUGAAAGUUGAAGAUGAUAAGGUAAAAUUUUGUUACAAAACAUCCUACGUUGAUGAUUUCAAAGAACUUAACCUGGGAUCUAAAAGAGCCAGUGCAAGGAACCAGAGGACUGAAGAAUUGCAACAUCUGUAUAACCAAAAGUUAGAUUUAUCCGAAAGAAAGAAGAGUGACGUGAAAAGCCUUCUAGAUGCUUGUUUGAUACCCAACUUUUACAAUUCCUACUUUGACAGAGUUUUGAACUAGGUGGGUAGUGUCCACCCUUUAAAAAUGUAGUUGAUUAAUUAUUAUUUGUAAGAAGAGG